AUGGACCAGAAUGGACGCCCGGCCGUCCAAGUGGUCAUCAACGGCCAUGACCAUCCUCAAAGACCUUAUGGCGCCAUGAAUCACCAAAGCCAGCCCCAGCCACUGUCUGUGGACGAAGCACUGCAGUAUUCAUCCAUGUCCAGCGCGCCUGUCUUUGGCCUCGACUGCAUUCUGCGCCCCGACGUUGGCCGACCUUCGAACACUACCUCCAUAAAUCAUGUCCUCCAAGAAGGCCGUAAGACACUCGGCGAACUUGACGCGGAGAUACAACAAUCCGGACGGGUUGAGUCGAAUCGCCUGGAGACAUCCAGAGAAUAUCUCCAGCAGCUACUGCUCGGAGAAAACCUGACAGAAUUUAAAUUUAAGCUCCCUCGAUUUCCAGCUCGCAGUCAACAGCUGAGUAGAGAUGAAUCUCAAAGCGUGCCCUCGGGUCGCGACAGUCUUGGGUCCUUCGCGCGUAUGAUGCUCGACUCUACUGACAUCGCAUUCCGAUGUAAGCUUCCCCAGAUUACAGACACUGAACUCGGGCUAAUCAAACUUGAAGACCCCGAAGCAGGCUCCAAAACCAGACCCCAAGAAACCCCAGUUCCCGUACCGAAGACUCCCAAUCAGCGUGCACACCAAGUGAACAAAUCGAAACCGGCCUCGUUCUCCAAUACCCCUACACCAAGCCAAUUGUCAGUGGUGAUCCCAGUCAAACCAAUGCCCCCAGCGGUUUUCCAUGUGAACCCGAAAGAUAGCGGGGAUACUGCCAUGGCAGUGCGGUUGAAGGAUCAAAAAGCGGAAGCGGAUGAGGCUUUGCAAAAGUUACAAGAUCUUUUACACGAAAUAUUCGAAGCGGAGGAUCAAAUUGACCCUGACAGCUCAAAUCAGUCCACUGACACGCCAAACCCAAUAUUUGUGAACCCGCAAUCACUAGAGGUCCAUGGACUGGUGCUGUCGGCUGAUGCUCACAUUCGUCUUCAGAAAGCCCUUCGAAAAGUUGCAGGGUUCGACCGGCUUCAGGACAUACCCUCCGACUACCUUACUCGAAUUCAGAAACUGUGCGAAAAGCCUAUACUUUCCGCACAAUCUUUAAGUCUGGCCUUGCCAGAUUCAUCAAGCAGCAGUGAGCUCGAACUGCAGGAAUGGCUUGGGAAGAUUGAUGAUGUUGCAAUUGCACUUGUCGCAAUUAGCACAUUAUUGCAGACCAUGUCUGGGCGUCAAACUGAACGGGAGCUUUGCCCCGAAGAUCUCAUUGAGGCCAUCCCAACCGUCCUCAAUCAAGUCUUUGACCACUGCAUCAUCCCAGCUGUGGAAUCGCGCCCGGGUGGUAAGGAUGGCCAACACUUUCCGUUUUUCUCGGCCCAAAAGCGGAUCAUUGGGAAUCUUGUCCACCAGAGUAAAAAGGCUCUUUCCUUGCUUGCAGUCUUUUUGGCGCGCAUCGAUGUAUCAGAAGGAACUAUCACAGCAACGGAGUUCUUCGCGGCCAAGCUCAUCUUCGUGGAAAACGCACACCAUGACAAGGAUUCUGCUUUAGGUCAACAGAAGUAUGAGCCCGCGAGACGCGGGGCCAUGGAUGUUCUUGCGAAAAUCUUUUCCAAAUACCCCGACCAACGACCCUUCAUUCUCGACGAGAUUCUGGUCUCAUUGGAGAAACUGCCAACAACACGCCAAAACGCUAGACAGUUCAAGGUUGCAGAUGGCAAGAGCAUUCAACUUCUCACAGCGUUGGUGCUACAGCUCGUUCAAACGACUGCAUUGGAAACACCGUCGCGGUCGAAAGCCAAACACCGAACCAAGACACAGACCGACGAUGACGAUGACGAGCUUAUGGGCGAUGGCAAGCCCGUUGAUGAUGAGUCUGACAACGAGGCAGAGGAAUCACUGGAACGAUUGGCGACCAAGGCUAAUCGCUUAUAUGACAACGCAAUGCGUUCGGCGCAAUACAUCGUCAACUUCAUUGUCCAGCGUGCUAUGAACUCCACGAAAACCGGUGAUCAGCCAUACCGAAACAUCCUCGACCUUUUCACUCAAGACCUGAUCAAUGUGCUUGGACUGGCGGAUUGGCCGGCCGCCGAACUAUUGCUGCGUAUUCUGGCGCUACGCAUGAUUCAGAUCACGGAUCAAGACAAGAGUGCGGCAAUCGCAAAAAGCAUGGCUUUGGAACUGCUGGGUUGGAUGGGAUCUGCCAUCUCGGACUUAAUAGCAACUGCUCAGCACAUGCUCCCGGCCUUGGAAGACAACUCUGACUCUGAACUCACCGACUACUUGAAGCAACAGUUCGAAGAGUUCUCAUCUGGAGCACUUCACCAGCAAGAUCUUGUCGCGCCUACUGGUCCACACCGAAUUGCACUGGAGCACCUUUUGCAAGACAAGAAGAAUGCAGACAAUUGGCAACUCACCAGUGCACGGGGCUACUAUCUGGCCCAAUGGGCCAAGUCUGCGUCUGCGCUUUACUACAACUCCGAAGACAACGAGGAGAUUGUGCACGAUGAUGUGACUGAUGAGUUGGUCGUCUUUCUGUCCAAAUCGCUAUCUGACCCACGCUGGUUGGAGACGCACCAAGAGUUUGACAGUGUGCCGCAUGUGCACGGCAAGUUCGCCUACAUCCUGACUGUUUUGAACUCGAACUUUGGGAAAGCGUUCGACACUAUUCUGAAAGUUCUUCUAGCCUCAUUUCUUGGUGAUUCAGCCAAGGUUCGCAGUCGUAGUCUCAAAAGUGUCAUCUACAUGCUUGAGAAAGAUCCAAACCUUCUGGACAGAGACCCGUCUGUCCUGCGCGUGAUUCAUCGAUGCACCACAGACGCUUCACCUAUGGUCCGGGACUCGGCGUUACAACUUAUCGGACAGUGCAUCGGGUUCAAGCCAAAACUCGAGGAAGAAGGAUGUCGGAGUAUCCUGGCCUGCGCAGCCGACCAGACCGCCGGUGUCCGCAAACGCUGCAUUGGUCUGCUGAAGGAGAUCUACCAUAAGACUUCGCGCAAAGAGCUCAAACUGGCUAUUCUGGACAGCUUUUUACAGCGCACGGGUGACCACGAGGAAAGCGUGGCUGCUCUGGCUCGCCAAACAUUCGAGGAAAUAUGGCUCGUUCCGUUCCACGACUCCAUUGACUCGACAUCUGAUCCUAAACUCAAAAUGGCUCUCGGGGAGCAGGUUACCCUCAUUGUGGGUCUGGCCGAGCGCAGUGAGACUGCUUUGGACUCCCUCAGCAUUUGCCUCAGUGCAGUGCUUUCGGAUAAAUCCAAGUCCGCGGCAUUGAACUUCAAGGUCUGCAAGGCGAUGGUCGCGACCAUGUUCCAGAGAUUGGUCGAGGAUUCAGAUGGGUCUCGCAAGGAGUUCCAGCAAGCUCUUCUGCAGACAAUCACUGUCUUCGCCAAGGCGAAUGCGAAGCUGUUCAGUCCGGAUCAGCUGGAGGCAUUGCACCCUUACAUUGGCAACCUCUCAACCGCUGAUGACCUCUUCAUAUUCCGUUCGGUAGUGGUGAUCUACCGCUGCGUCCUACCAUUCCUCUCCUCUUCCCACAACAGCCUUCUCAAAGAAGUUCAGAACGAUCUGUUCAAGAGUGUCGCCAAGCUUUCUCGUCCUGAACUAAACGAAGUUAUGGCUUGUUUGUGGACCAUCAACGGCGUUUUACAAAACACCAACAGACUUGUGAAAUUGACCGUCUCUGUACUUAAGCCAUUACAACAGUACAAGAGUAUGGACCUCGCAUCAACUGCCCAUGCAGCGAUCCUGGCUCGCGCAAAAAGUUACAUUCGAAUUGCUGGAUGUGUUGGGCGGCAUUGCGACCUCGAGAAGUAUGCAUCCCAUUUUAAGAGCGAGUUCCAAACUUCCUGGCCUGGUGGUAGCGGUGGCUCAGUGGCGGCAUUGAUGGUUGACUCUAUCAUACCUUUCACCGGAUCGAACCAGCCUUUUGAUCUGAGGGUCAUGGCACUUGAGAGCCUGGGAUCUGUAUGCCAGUCUUGGCCUGGUCAGUUUGGCAGAGAACGCACACGGCAAACAUUUGCGCAGACCUUCAAAGAAGAUGCCCCUGCCCUGCAGAACAUAGUUCUGCGAUCGUUCGCAGACUUCUUCGCCAUCCAUGAGGGCAAGUCGGAAAAGGCUGUCAUGCCAACUGUAGAAGCAGUGGCCCAGGAAGAUACCACCCGACUGGGAGGCUCCUUGAAAGCGAGCGACAAUGACGGUGCGGCCGCAUUGAUUGCCCAACACUUCCUCUCGAACAUGCUUCAGGUCGCGCAGUCGCGCCAGGACACCUACUCUUUGACCGCCAUUGAGCUUAUUGCCAGUAUCAACCGGCAAGGCUUGGUACAUCCCAAGGAAUGCGCUGGUGUUUUAGUCUCGCUGGAAACUUCUACAGUCCCGGCAAUUGCCAAGGUGGCCUUUGAGACUCACAAGAUGCUGCACCAGCAAUACGAAUCCAUGUUUGAGCGAGAAUACAUGCGAGCCGUGCAGGAAGCAUUCUACUACCAGCGUGACAUCGUUGGGGAUUCACAGGGUGCUACUCCUCGACCCUAUGUCUCAAAACUCGCCCCGUUGUUCGAGAUUGUCAAAAUCAGCAACAGCCGUUAUCAAAAGAAAUUCCUGUCCAACCUCUGCUCUAAGGUCAAUUUUGAGCUGAAGAAAUUGGACUCGACCUGCAACCCUCCCGAACAUCUUCUACUCUCGCGAUUCAUCUCUCAAAACCUUGCCUAUUUUGACUAUGGUCAACUGGCUGAACUUCUGCCAACUAUUUCUUGCAUCGAGCGCAUUGUGUCUGCUACUGGUACUAUCGUUGCACAUGCCAUUGAAACAGAAAUUUCUCCAACCCCGAUUGGUGCACCUCAAUUUGAUGCCAGCAACAUGAUGCCAGGGUUUGCGCCUGAAAUGCCACCAAUAAACAUGCCGCGACAGGCCAACCCUGCAACCUUGAGGUUGCUGGCCACAGCAGCUGCGUGUCUAUCCAUGCUUUGGGAAGCCCGUACCCAUCUAAGGCGUCUUUACGGGGUGAAUGCACACAGCAAGGUCAAGGAGGGAAAACCUGUUGCCAAGGACCUCAACAAAGCUGCCACCAAGGUUCACGGAGUGACUGGUGACAAGUUUUGGGAAGCCAUUACUCGCAACAUGACUGCUUUAGACAGCGAAGAGGCAAUGCACCAGAAGUGCCGUGAGUUUGCAACCUUGCUCUCGAUUGACGAAGAGUUCCGAGUCGAUCCGGACGAGGACGCAGAAGGGGACAGUUUAGACGCCACUGCCGAUGCCGAUGAAGCAGUGGCUCCUCGAAACAUGAAGCGCAAGAGCUCGGUUUCCAGCACAGGCCACAACAAGCGAUCUAAGAGUCGGAAAAGUUCAUCCGGAAAGAAGAAAUCCAGUACUGAACCGGACGACGCUCUGGAUUGGGACUGA